AUGAUAGAUGAUGAAGGUACUGAAAUUAGAAUAACUUGCUUUGGCAAUGUAGCAGAGAUGCAUUAUCAUAGGGUUGAACCAGGAACAUAUUAUACUGUGUCAAAAGGUUGCGUUAAAGAAGCUAACACUAAAUGGAAUAAGCUUAACAGCCAUCUUGAGAUAACUUUGGACAAUAAUUCAAUAUUGAAGCGUUGUGAUGUUGUUGUUGAAAGUGAAGCAAAUAAUUCUCAAUUCACACCAAUCAAUGAAAUUACAUAUUGCACCAAUAACACUUUAGUUGAUGUUAUUGGUAUUGUAGUUACUAUUGGAAAACCCUCAUUAAUUCACAGGAAGGAUGGAAGCGAAGUAACGAAGAGAACUGUAAAAAUAAAUGAUGUCUCAACUUUUACUAUCGAUGUUAACUUAUGGGGAGCGACAUGGCAAGGGCUAGGUGAAGAUUUGAAGAACAUGCACACAACCCAAACAGUUGUUGUCCUUGCAGUCAGAAAUGCUCGUGUUGGUUAUUUCAAUGGAAAGGUGAUCAACACAACCACAGCAACAACUCUAAAUAUAAACCCUUCUAUCCCUGAAACAGAGACACUUAUGUCAAGAGGAAAGAUUCCAGAUGCCCUUUUACCGUUGUCAUGUGUUGUUGGACAGCUUAACUCACAAUACAGUAGGAUGACAAUCACAGCUGUUUUAGAGUGUACAAGUGUUCUCUCUGAAAUAGUUGAAACUACUAUUAGGGUUGUUGUGAGAAUCAUUAAAAUUUAUUCUUUUUGUUAUCCAGCUUGCCCUUUGAAAUUUAAUGGAAAAGAGUGUAAAAAGAAAUGCGUCCAGCAAAAUGAUAAUCAAUGGUUUUGUUCAAGAUGUCAAACUCAUGUGCCAGAAUGCAAUUACAAAUACUUAUUGCAGAUGAAGCUCCAAGAUCAUACAGGCACUCUUUGGGCUACUGCCUUUGAUGAGGUUGGCACAAAUAUACUGCAAAUAUCUGCCAAGGAGCUUUACAUGCUGCAAUACAAUUUGACUACACAAAAAACACCUCAGUCCAUUAUCAAGCGUGUGCUUUUGUCUUCCUUUGUUUUCACACUCUCUAUUACAAUAGACAUGUACAAUUCAGAGCCCAGGCUCAAAGCAAUGAUUACCAAAGUUGCCAAAAUUGAUUACCAGGCUGAAAGUGCUCUUCUGCUUGCAGAGAUUGCUCGGAUGACUACAACUGCAGAGUUCCAGACCAAUUAG